AUGGCUAGCUCCCCAGGUUGUUUCUUAUUUUCAUUACUGCUUUUCCUUCAUCAAAUAACAAGCACCGCCACCCAACAAACGUGCGGAAUAAGAUUAUGCGGAGACUCGGCAUUUGAUGGGCCCUCAAUUCAGUACCCUUUUUAUCUGAAAGGAGUCCAAAGCGAUGAUUGUGGGUACCCAAACUUCGGAGUUUUCUGCGACAACCUUAACCAGACAUUGAUCACGCUCGGAGAUGCCGGAGAUUUUGUUGUCAAAGAGAUCUCUUUGAAGGACCAUACAACUUCGAUGAAUGACCCAGAUAACUGCCUCCCCUCACGCUUCCUCAAAGGCUUGGACCGUCAACUUCAACGUUCGCCUUUCCAAUGGAGCUCCGAUUACGCUCAUUUCCUCACCGUCGACUUUCUCAACUGUUCUGCCCCAGACUCCUUUCAGUUCCCUCACAUCAAGAUACCUUGCCUCAGCGGCACAGACAGCGACAAUUCCUCGGUGAUCGCUGUUUUGUUUGAUCCUGCCUCUCCAACAACCUCGAGGUCGUUCCCAGGAUGCCGGCAUAUUUUCUCGUCUUUAGUUCCAGAUGAUAGUUUCGAACCCGAGAUAUGGACAAACCCUUACUCCGAUAUUCGCUUGAAAUGGAACGAACCCUACUGCAUACUCCCCUCGUAUCCGGAUUCUGCUGAUGAUGACACUGCUUGCUAUGACAAUUUCCCAGGAGAACCUCCACAUCACACAAUUUACAAAAUAUUAGCGGUGGGAGUAGCUGGGGCGAUAUGCUUUGGUGUGGUGGGACUUGCACGUUUAUUAGGGACUAAGGUGGGACCGAACGGCUUGCCACGACGGAGGACGAACGGAGCAGCGUCGGAGAGGAACACGGCGGAAUCUGUUGAUGUGGGAAUGGGGCUUGAUGAGUCAGUCAUUGAGCAGUAUCCGAAAACACAAGUUGGUCACAGUGGAAGAUUGCCCAAUCCAAGUGACAACGUUUGUUCUAUAUGUCUGAGCGAGUAUGAACCACAGGACACAUUAAGAGCCAUUCCUCACUGUAAUCACUAUUUUCAUGCCCAUUGUAUUGAUGGGUGGCUCAAGAAGAAGGGCACGUGUCCCUUGUGUCGUCAUCUUCCCCAUGGAUCUCCAUUAUUGUCCCUCCCUUCACCAGCCUCUCAUCCAUCGUUGACCCCCACUUAAAUAUUUGUAUGUGCACGUGUGCAUGUUUUGUUGGCCAUGU